AUGGCGGCUUCCAAGCGAAAGCAAAGUGGGUCGCGCGUCACGAAGAAGGCACAGGAACAAGCAGCACUGUCCCACGGAGAAAAUGUAUUCCUUUUUGUGCCCAACCUGAUUGGUUACACGCGAGUGAUUCUUGCGGCUAUUUCUUUGUACUACAUGCGUGACAACCCACGCAUCUGCACUGUACUCUACUGCAUUUCAUGUCUUCUUGAUGCAUUUGAUGGCAUGUUUGCACGCAUGCUCAACCAAAGCACCAAGUUUGGUGCUGUCUUGGAUAUGGUCACGGACCGAUGCACGACAGCCUGCUUGCUCUGUUUCCUGACCGCUGCAUACCCAGAAUACACUAUUCUGUUCCAAGCGCUUGUCACUCUUGACUUUAGUAGCCACUAUAUCCACAUGUACAGUACCAUGGUUUCUGGCUCUUCGUCCCACAAAAAGGUAGACUCCAAGCAGUCGCGCAUUCUCAACUUGUACUACACGAACACUCGUGUCCUGUUUAUUUUUUGUGCGGCCAAUGAGCUGUUCUUUGUGUGCCUGUACUUGAUGGCCUUCUACACGCGUCCGCUGGGUGUGGAUAUCGUGCCCUUCUUACCACGCGCUGUUCUGGACUUGAUCAGUCAAGAUAAGAGCAGUCUCAUGUUCCACCUGGUGUUUGAGACCAUUCCCGCUCUUACCUGGCCUCAGAUUGUGGGUGCCCUGACCUUCCCGAUCUGUGCAGGCAAGCAGAUUAUCAACGUGGUCCAAUUCUGGAAAGCGGCAAAGACGCUGGCUGAUAGUGACCUGGCCGAACGUCGCAAGAAUAGGCUCUAA